CGUCAUAGUUACAUUCGAUCACUUGGCGUACGUGAUAUGAAAUGUCAUCGCGGGGCUAGCCCGGCUGCAACAAGUGCGGAACCGACGAGCAGACUUUAAUUUUCUGAACUCGUUCGAUCACUUACUUGAGUAGCAUAGAGUCUCUCAAUAUGCUAGUUGAACAAUAGUUUCAAGCUCUGGACCGCUUUGGCGCCAGCGGCCGGAGAUGCCCGCGUUGCUGAACGAUAACAGAGUAACAGCUGCUACAAUGCACGCUGGAAUUGAGGACGAUGAGUUCGGCGCCAUCUUCGGGGCGUCUGCAGGCCUGGCUCCGCAGCCAAUUAGCCUGCCUCUGCCUGCGGCGGGCAUGGCUGCCGCGGGCAAAGGCAGUAAGCCCGACGAGACCGACGAAGAGGUGUAUGCACAGCUCUUUGGCUCGCUGCCCUCCACGGUGCUGCCGCUGCGCUAUGGCGGCCUGCCGCCUGUGAAGCCCAUCACCGUUGUGCUGGCGCUGCCGCCGCCGCCGCCCGCACGGCCGGCGGCGGCUGGGGCGGCAGGCCGUGGCGCUGGCGCGGAAGCAGGCGGCCAGCGGCAGACCUCACCUGCGCCGGGCUCAGCGGACGCGGCGGCGGCGGCCUUCCUGGCUGCGGCUGCUGCUGCGGGGGCGGGGCCGCAGGAUGAGGAUGACAUGGACAUGGACCGGGCGGGGGCUGGCGCCGGGCAGGGGGCCGCCGGCGGCGAUGACGACGAUGACGACUUCGAAGUCACCCUGGAUGAAUUGGACACGGCGGCCAUGGCGGCAGCCUCGGUGGCAGCAGCGGGCGGGGCAGGCGCGGCAGGAGCAGGGGCGGCGGCGGCAGGCGGCGGCCGUGCGGCAGCGGGAGCGGGAGCCGGGCCGCCCGCGCCGGGCGGGGCGGUGGGGGCGGAUGGAAAGCCGGGUGUGCGGCUGCCGGGGCCGCCUGCAGGCCCGCGCCCGCCGCCCGGCGCGCCGGCACCUCCUGGCGGCGGCGGCCUCCCGGUGCCCGGCCCCGCGCCGCCGCCUGGCGGCCCGCCGCCGCCCGGUCCCCGGCCCCCAUUCGGCGGCCCCGGCGGCCGGCCCUUCCUGCCUCGCCAGCCGCAACCCAUUUACGGCCUCAACUUCCGCUACAACAUGGAGGAGGCGGCCUGGCCCACCGAGGCGCGGCUGGACCAGGCCAUCAAGCUGCCCAAGCAGACACGAGUCACGCCCGAGGAGUACCGGGCGUUCCUGUCGCUGGGGCACGGCGAGAUCUUUGAACUGGACUUGGACAGGGUGCUGCCCCACGAGGCGGGCUGGCGCAACCCCAGCGCCAACCCCGGCGACUACUUCAACUACGACAUGAACGAGACCGCCUGGCGCGCCUACUGCGCCGCCAUCCGCGCCUUCCGGGACACCUUCGACCUGCGCGCGCCCGUGCCGGCGCUGUGCCCCGAGCUGAGCGGCCCCGCGGGGCGCGGCGCGCCGCAGGGCGUGGACUUUGGUAUUGACUACGGACUGCCGCCCGAGGUGGUGGCGGGGCUGAGGGCGGCGGGCCGCACGCGCCGCUUCCAGCGCUUCGACGCCGAGGGCAACCCCCUGCCCGGCCCGGAGCAGCUGCCGGCUACCGCGCACGACUGGCUGGGUGAAAUGGCGGGCGCCACAGCGACGGGCGGCUGGGACGGCAACGAGUACGCCUUCAACGGCCGCACCGGGCAGCGCGAGGCGCCCAGGCGCAGGGGGCCGCCGCCGCGAGUCCGGGGCGCCGCGGCGGCUGCGGCGGCGGCACGGUGGGCGACUGCGGCGGCGGCGGACGAGGACGAUACUAUCAUUCCGCUGACCGAGGUGGAGCUGGAUGAGGUGGUGGUGGACGGGCCGGACCAGCAGCAGCAGCAGCCGGAGGAGGAGGAGGAGCCGGAGCAGGAGCAGGAGGUGAAGCAGGAGGAGCUGCAGGCGGCGCAGCAGGAGCAGGAGGGGGUUGCCGCGGCAGAGGGCCAGGAGCAGGCGGAGGCGGAGGCAGGCAACGCGGAGGCGCAGGAGCCGGCAGCAGCGGAGGGGCAACAGGGCCCGGAGGCGGAGCCAGCUGGCCAAGUGCAGCAGGCAGACCAGGGCCCCUCCGAGCCCGCAGGUGCCGCCGCGCCGGACGGCGUGGAGGCCGCCAUGGACGCAGCCAACGCCGACGCCGCUGGCGCCGUCAAGGUCAAGGCCGAGCCGGGCACGGAGGAGGGCGCCCAGCAGCCCCCGCAGCAGCAGCAGCAGCUGGGCGCUGCGGCCGUGAAGGCGGAGGUGAAGCGCGAGCCGGCCUCUGGUGCGCCGCGUGCCCUCCCCGCGGCUCCUGUCAAGCGCGCGCCGGUGUGGGUCAACGCCGACUACGACCCGCCCACCGCCUACCUGCCGGGCGGCGACCUGGCGCCGCCCCACUACGGCCCGCUGCCCAAGCGCCCACGCAGCCCCGAGCCGCCCUCACGCUACUUCCGUCGCCAGGACGACGACGCCGGGCCCAGCGGCCGGGACCGCGAGCGCGAACGCGAGCGUGAACGCGAGAACCGCGCCACCCGCCGCGAGCGGGAGCGGGAGCGCGAGCGGGAGCGCGAACGCGAGCGGGAGCGGGAGCGGGAGCGGCGCAUGGGGCUGGCGGCCGUCAAGUUCGAGGCAACGCCGCCGCCACCGCCCGGAUUGCUUGCUGGCAUGCCGCCCAUCGACGGCGUCGGCCUGGGCCCGAUGAGCGGCGUGAUGCUAGACGGCAUGCGCACCGGGCUGGACUCGGACGCGGUGCUGGUGGGCGGCACGGGCGGCGACGACGACGACGGCGACUUCUACCUGGACGGCGGCGGCGGCGGCGACAGCGACGAGGAGGAGCAGCGUGGUGGCGGCGGCGGCGGCGGCGGGGGUGCUGGCGGCAUGGGUGCUGGCCCAGGGCCCGGUCCGGGCAUGGGCUUGGGCCUGGGUAUGGGUAUGGGCGGGCCGCCGGGCCGGGGCGCUGAGCUGGACCUGGGUCCGGACAUGCCGCCCCUGAUGGGAAUGGGGAUGGGGCUGGGCAUGGGCAUGGGCUUGCCGCCUGUGGUGCCGCCCCAAGCGCAACAGCAGCAGCAGCACCAGCAGCAGCAGGGAGGCCGGGGCGGUGGCGAUGGCGACGACGGCGGCGAGGCGGCGGCGUUCGGAGACUUCAGCGCGGGCGGCGGUGACUACUACCUGGAUGACGGCAGCGACCAGCAGCAGCACCAGCAGCAGCAGCAGAGCUCGCCGUCAGGCCAGCACCAUCGCGGGCACCACAACCACCUCAACAACAAUAACAAUAACAACAGCAGCAAUAACAACCAGCACCAGCAGCAUGACUCGCUGUUCUCUGACCCCAUGGGCUCCGGCCUAGACCUGCUGGACCCGCUGGCCAUGAUGGGCGGGAUGGGCGGCCUGGCGGGGCUGGGCGGCCACAUGGGCAUGCCGCCACCCGGCAUGUCCGGCAUCAUGCUGGGAGGCAUGCCCGGCCUGCUGCCGCCCGUGGCGCCGCUGCCGGUAGCCGGGCCAGGAGGAGGAGGAGGGAGCAGCGCAGGGGGAGCCGGGAGGGCGGCGGCGGACCGCGGCCCGUCGCGGGACCGGGACCGCGAGCGGGACAGCAGGCAUACCAGCAGCCGGCGCUCGCGUUCUCGCUCCCGUUCCCGCCGCUCGCGCUCCCGCUCGCGUGACCGCGACCGGUCCGGGCGCAGUAUUGGCGGCGGCGGCGGCAGCAGCAGCGGCCGUGACCGGCACCGCUCGCGCUCGCGGGAACGCAAGGACCGAGAGCGUGAGAAGGAGCGGGAGCGGGACGGCAAGGACCGAAGCGGGCGGGACAAGGAGAAAGACAAGGAAAAGGAAAAGGACCGGCGGCGUAGCAGGAGCAGGGACAGGGACAGGGACCGGGAUAGGAAGGACAGGGACAGGGAGAAGGACAGGGACCGCAGGGACAAGGACCGGCGGUGAGGGUGUGUGGCGGCCGCGGCGUGCGGUCCUGAGCACCGUUGGAGGAUUGGAGGUCCUUUGUUGUGACGUUUGGCCGUAUGGGUGUGGCGUGCGCUUGACUGACUUUCUUUGGAGGUUGCCAUGACGAAGAGGAGUUCUGGACUGUCUGGACAGCGCAGUGGCGAUUGACAGGGUCGUUGUGCGCCAGGGUUGCUCAAGAGGCUUUAUGGUGGGCGUGUCAGCCGGGUUCAGGCUGACCGCCAGGGCCCUGGCAUGCAGGGCCAAGGUAUGAAUAAUCUAUGCAUCCAGGGGCGCAUGCCCUGCGUGUUUGCGUCUCGCAUGAAUGCGGAUGUUACAGAGGGGACAGUCCCAGCAGUCUCGCAUGGCGUCAGCGCUACACUGUAAAUCCGUUUUGAG